AAGAAGUUAAAUUCAUCCAACCAGAAAACUAUCAAACUGGGUAAUAUUGCGAUGUCGGAUGCCAUCCAUCGAUCUACUUCCGGUUUGGUUGUGAUUCCUCUGCAGGAUCCAAAGGUAUUCACGAUCAAGAAAUCCAGUAUUUUCACAUAUCGACCAUUCACUAAGGGAAAUGAACUUUUGAAUGAAUUGUUGUGUCCUGUCGUGGAUGACAUGGGCUCGAGCGGUUUUGAUGUGAAGCCGUUUGGGCUGAAGCUAAUGCUCGAUCCGCAGUGUGUUCUUCAUGAUGGACUCUCUUCUUUCAAAAGUCUGGCGGAAUUUACCGGCUCAUCGAAUCGCAAGCCCCAUGGUUCUGUUAUUUUGUCUCGUGGCGAGAACCUGACUGCUGUUGGAAUCUUAAACUGCCGAGAUGAUGGAUCAAGUAGAAUCUCUCCAGUCUGGUUGUCAGGCGAAACCUUAUCAGGCUUGAGGCCUUCUGACAUCAUCAGUAGGGAAAUGUCAAGAGAGCAAACCACUGUUCAACAGCAGUCUGAUUCAAUCAGUCCAGAGCCAGCAAGAGAAAUCCCUGCAGAACAACCAACUCACAUUGGUGGAAGAGUAAGGCAUGAAGUCUUGCCUUCAAAUAGAGAAGGUGAUCUCACCACAAGCAACAUCCAAGCCCAGGGAAAUAAAAGAAAAAUGUCACAAGUAGAUGCAGACCAAGGUAUGUACAAUAAAUUAAAUGGCUUUUUUUUUCACUUGCCAAAGUCAAAAAGGGCUACUAUGCCUGUUGUUACUGUAACAAGAUGUAGUCAAGAAGGCAAGUCAAUCUCCAAUUGAGAAAAAAACUCUUUAGCAUCAGUUGUAGCUUGUCUUUGGAUCUGGCGGGACUGCGCCUAAUUUCACAUGACUUAAAGCUAAUGCAAUCUUAACAAGCUAUUGUUUACAUUCUUUGUCAUUUUUUUUUUGUUUGACAAAGUCCGAGAUAUGUGUGUUACUCAUAUACCUAACAAUCACCCAGUUGCCUCUAAUCUAGCAAAUUGCAAAACUGUUUGUCUUAAUUCUCCUUAAGUCAGAAAGGAAUGAAAGUCCGAUUUCAUAAACUUAAACAAAGUCCUUUAAGCAUCAGGGCCUUUUCACUGGUCUGCCCAAUCUGGUAGUGGGUACUUGGCAUGAGGAGCUUUGAGGUGCGCAAAAAUGUUAUGAAAAUUACCUGGCUGCCCAUUGAAUGUGUAGCCAGCUAAUUUGCAUAUGUAAUUCAAAGCGAAGGUUUGACACCUCUUGGUACCAUGAGGUGUUAGCCGAAUACACUGGGACUUCAGGUAGUCGCCCGAAAAAAGUAAUUUAAGCUCCCCUAUGGUGACAUGAGUGUUACCACAAUUUCCCAGUAGUACAUUUUUUUAUCAUUUUCCAGAUACAUACAUUAUACUAACUAGAUAGUGCCUUGUCUGCUAUGGUUUAGUGCUUUUACAGCAACAAAAUGUCCUUGCAUCUCUCCAUCAAGUUAUAAAAUUCAGGAAAUUUUCGGUAAAUUUCCCAACUUAAGUUGUCUCCAUAGCGAGAAACUGGAACCAGUAGUUAAUGUUUUACCACGUUUACAACAACAAAAUGUCAUCACAUCUCUCCAUCAAGUUAUAAAACUCAGUCAUUUUUCAGUAUUUUUUUGGGGGGGUACAUUUCUCAACUAAUUGUAUCCAAAGCAAGAAACCAGAACUAGUAAUUUUAGCACUUUUACAGCAAAUGUCUUCACAUCAAACCCAAUUAGUUUUUGGUAAAUUUCCCAACUAGUUAUCUCUACUAGCAUAUACAAAACUCGGGGGUUUUUUUUUGCACCUUCACUGCACUCUUAGCAGUUUGUGGAAACACAACAAAGUCUACGCAUUCUUAAUUGGAUAUAUGAGCACAAACUCUACGGGAAGUAGAGGGCUGCCGACAACAAUGGUUGAUUGCUUCAGCUUCUAACAAUCCACAAUAAAAUAUGCUUUAAUUCAUUUAAUGGCUAGUCGCUCGUCAGGCGAGUUUUUCAAUUAAAGCCAUUUUUAUCACCACGAUGUUUGUGAACACAUUCCACGUACUUUUUGAACAAGAAAUGGUAGGGAGUAUGUCAAUUUUCACAGAUGGCUUUCCGGUCCAUCAACCAAUU